GCGCGCGGGGUCAGCAUGGCGGCGCCCGCCCGGCGGAGUGUCGUGUUCGUGACUGGCAACGCCAAGAAGCUGGAGGAGGUCACGCAGAUCCUCGGAGACUCCUCUCCCUACACGCUGGUGGCGAAGAAGAUUGACCUGCCCGAGUACCAGGGGGAGCCAGACGAGAUCUCCGUGCAGAAGUGCCGUGAAGCCGCCCGGCAGGUUCAGGGACCUGUUAUAGUAGAGGACACCUGCUUGUGCUUCAAUGCCCUGGGGGGCCUUCCAGGACCCUACAUAAAAUGGUUCCUGGAGAAACUGAAGCCAGAAGGCCUGUACAAGCUGCUGGCUGGGUUUGAAGACAAGUCUGCCUACGCCCUCUGUACCUUCGCCUUCAGCAGUGGGAACCCCGAGGAGCCUGUGAGGCUGUUCAAGGGCCAGACCCACGGGCUGAUUGUGGAGCCCAGAGGCCCUCGGGAUUUUGGCUGGGAUCCCUGCUUUCAGCCAGAUGGCUACAACCAGACCUACGCUGAGCUGCCCAAGGCAGUGAAGAACUCCAUCUCACACCGAUACAGAGCACUGAGCGAGCUCUCUGCCUUCUUUCUUCAGAGCAACUCGACAGAGCGCCACUCUGGUCCCAGCUAAUGCCCCGGGCUGCAGGCACCCCGUGUCCAUAGAUCGCAGAAUUGUUAGGGCUUGAAGGGACCUCUGGAGAUCAUCCCCUCCAAGCCCCCUGCAUGUCCAUGUCACGCACAGCCCCGGGAGAGCUUUGUUCUGCUGCGGGCUGCCAUUAAAGCUGCUCCUUUAGAACCCA